AUGGCUUGGGCAUGUGGGCUGAACCUGCUGUUGGUGCUGCUGCUGCCCAUGGCUGGCACCUCCCCACCGGACGCAGUGGUCAGACUCAACAACGCCUUCCUGAACCACAUGUCUAAUAUUGGGAUAGCCCCUCUCCAGCGAGCUCUGCAGUUCAAUGUCCCAGACUUACUGGAACAGGAUGGAAAGGAGCUUCGUCUCAAAAAGGUCCAGAUUCUGAGUGUCGAUGUGACCAACCUCCGCCUGAAAUUCAUUGCCCAUUUGGGGGUACACUUGUCGGCAUUAGCCAAUUUCUCUGUCAAGAUCCUUCAGGAGCCAGAGUCUCUGGACCUGAGGAUGCCUGUGGGAAUAACGGCUGAUGUCCAUGUGGCCCAGAGCUCCAUUGGGUCCCCAGUGGUCAGCAUCUCUGCCUGCACCCCAUUCUUUAACGGCGCCAUGCUGCUUCAAACCCGUUACAGCACGCAGCCCAGGCUGCUGGAACUGGUGAAGAAGCACCUCAGAGCUGUCCUUCGGAACAAAAUAUGCCUGAGCAUCUCCAACCUGGUGCAGGGCCUCAAUGUCUACCUGGGCACUUCAAUUGGCCUCAGCCCUGUGGGUCCCGAGUCCCAGAUUCUCUACUCCAUGGUCAGAGCGCCCACCAUCACUGAAAACCACAUCUCCUUGGAUGCCAAGACGGUGCUCUUGCUGCUGGGCAGGCCCAUUGUCCCUCCUAUGACAGAUGCCCCCUUCACACUGCCAGAGCACAUAGGCACCAAGGGCGCCAUGAUAACUGUGGGCCUCUCCCAGCACCUCUUAGACUCCGCCCUCCUGCUGCUGCAGAAAGCUGGUGUCCUCAACAUGGAAAUCACAGCGGACAUGAAGUCCAAUGACAACCUGCUGAACACCUCCUCCCUGGGCCAGCUCAUCCCGGAGGUGGCCCGCCAGUUCCCACAGUCCAUGCCUGUGGUGAUCAAGGUCCGGCUGGGGGCCACACCCGUGGCCAAACUCCAUACCAACAAUGCCACACUGCAGCUGCAGCCCCUCGUGGAGGUCCUGGCCAUGACCCCCAAGUCAACUUUCCAGUCCCUCUUCUCCCUGAAUGUGGUAGUGAACCUGAACCUACGGUUUUCCGUGUCCAAGGUUAGGAUUCAGGGGACCACGUCUGUGCUGGGAGAUGUCCAGCUCACCCUGGCCUUUUCCAAUGUGGGCGCCAUAGACAUGGAUCAAAUGCAAGCAUUCGUGGGCACCGUGUUUGAGGCACCCCUGCUGAACCACCUCAAUGCUCUCCUGGGCAUGGGCAUUUCCCUCCCCAAAGUGGUCAACCUCCACUACGUCGACCCUAAGGUCAUUGUCCAUGAGGGCUUCAUUGAGAUAUCCAGUGGGCUCGGCCACCAGAGCUGAAGUGGGGGCACUGGAAGGCUGAGCGUGGGCCAGCUCCCCGCUCCAGGGACCCCUGGCCUCCGGUUGCUCGGGAAACUGAGGCAAGGCCACACUCUGUCGUCUCCACAAGCCAGAUGUCCCAGUCAGGCUGUUGAAUCUUCACUGAGUGCCUGGGUCUCCCCUCCCUCAUUUCCUCCAGGCCUAUCCUUCCCCCUUCUUCUUCUCCCCCUCUCCCCUCCCCUCCCCUCCUGUCCACCCUCCACUCCCCUCCUGUGGGGAGCAGAUUGCCCUCCAGCCUGUACAGACCUGUCCUUCUUGCAUUAAACAUCU